AUGAAGGCCGCUUUCGUUACAUUGCCUAUUUCCCUGGGCCUGUUAGUUGCUGCAGAAAAGGCCUACCCACCCUAUUUUGAGGACCUCAAUUGGCAAAAUCCAAGAACAUUGUCCAACUGGUCGAAUCUGACCGUUGAAACACGGACUGGGACUUUCAUUGGCAUGCUGAAUGAUACGUUUCCCGACGUCCGUCAGUUUUUGCGCAUCCCAUUCGCACAGCCACCGGUUGGUGAUCUCCGCUGGAUGCCUCCUCAGAAACUUUCCGCAUCGAGUCAAAGAUACGACUCUACCUUCUUCGGACCCGCAUGUCCACAGUAUGUUCAACGAAAGGAAUCGUUCUGGAAGGAUUAUGCACCCUCUAGUUUUGUAUUUAAUCUCGGUGAGAAUCUGACGCAAGGAUCGGUCGCCUGGUCCUCAGCUGAGGAUUGCCUGUCAAUGGCGAUAUGGACCCCUGCUUCGGCCAACAAAUCGUCGAAGCUUCCAGUGACACUCUUUCUCUCUGGUGGGGCGGGCAUAGAAGGGGGCAUUGCAAUUCCUGCUCAUAUACCUGCACAGUGGGUCUCUCGAUCUCAGCAACAUAUCGCGAUUACAAUGAAUUACCGAGUGAAUAUCUUCGGAAAUCCCAGAUCAAGAGCCCUCAAUGAGACUUCUCUCAGCUUGCUGGAUGUUCGAGGCGCGGUUGAAUGGGUUCACGAAAACAUCGAGGCCUUUGGUGGAGAUCCGCAAAACAUCUUCCUUUGGGGACAAUCCCAAGGUGGUGCGUUGACCCAUCUGUACACUCUCGCCUUUCCAGAUAAUCCCCUAGUGGCCAGUUACGGUAUCAUCUCCCAGCAGCCAGGAACUACUCUGGACCUUUCAGCAACAAAGGAUCCUUACCUGGACUUUGAUAUCGUAGCCAAAGCGCUAGGAUGUGACUACGGCGAUGAUUCUGAAGCAGAGCUCAACUGCAUGCGUACACGCUCGUGGGUUCAAAUUGAAGAAUUCGUCAACCGCUAUCAGGGCACGCCUGCAAUAUCCUUCAUGCAAUACGUCCCCGACGAGAGGUACAUCUUUUCCAACGAAACCCUUCGCUAUCAGGCAAAAAAGGUCGCCAGGGGCCCGGCAAUCCGCUCCUUCGCGGCGCGCGAGAUGUCGGUAGACAACAAUAUUACAGACUCGCAAGAGGAGGCUCGACAGUGGAAUUGUCUUGCGGCAUUUGAUACCAAGCAGAGAUUCUCGCUCGGUCUUGGCACUUUCCGCUAUUUUUGGGGAGGCAACUUCACGAAUAUCAGCCCGGUGCCGUGGCUGGGGGCAUUCCACUUUUCAGAUUUGCUAAUGAUCUUUGGAACAUAUAUGAAAGACCUUGGGGAGAUCUCACAACUUGAGAGAGACACCUCGAUGGCCAUGCAAGACUACUUGCUGGCCUUUAUUAGAAAUCCAUCCACCGUUUCGGAGACAGUUGGAUGGCCGCGCUUCGAUCCGAGUGAUCCAGACGGUGGUCUUGUUGUUGAGUUUGGGAAGCAGGUUGCUGCGAGAAAUAUCACCGGGAUGUACUUAGAUGGAGGCUGCUACAAUACUUCCGUGCCCUUCCGUGUCGAUGGCUGA